CUCUUUUCCUCUCCUUCUUGCCGAAGCGUCCGAUAAAAAUAUUCAGCUUUCUUAUAAAUCCUCCGUCCCUUCUUCUUCUUCUUCUUCUCCUUCUUCUUCACCACUGCGCUACCUCCCUCCUUCUCUCAUCCGUCGUCUCGUGCAUUACGAGCAGCAAUGCCUGCGCAGAAGCGGUCCUUGCCGGAGAAUGCGAACGAUGAGGACGCCUCGCAACAGAGCCAUCACCACCACAACCACCACCACGCCAAGCAAUCUCGCCGCGACGAAGAGCCCGAGCAAGACGGCCAGCAGGCGGGAGAGCCGCAAGGCGGAGGCGGCGGAGCUGGAGAAGAAGAAGAAGAUUCUCAAGGAAGUCCGUCGUCCAGCUCGGAGGAGAAACCUGAAUUUGUCUAUGUAAAACUAUCAGACAUUCGUAAAGAUGUACAAUGCCCAAUCUGUCUAGGCAUCAUCCGGAAAACGCGAACUGUUAUGGAAUGCCUGCACCGCUUUUGUAGGGAAUGCAUCGACAAAUCGAUGCGACUGGGGAACAAUGAAUGCCCUGCUUGCCGCACUCACUGUGCCAGCCGACGCUCACUGAGAGAUGAUCCCAACUUUGAUGCUUUAAUAGCAGCUUUAUAUCCGGACAUUGACAAAUACGAGGAAGAGGUGGAGUUGGCUUUUCAUGAAGAAGAGAGAAAUCGCAACAAGCAGAUUCAAGCAUCCAUUGCUCAAAUUCUUCAACGGCAGUCAGAAGCACUUGUCAAAAGACGGUCGCUGGGUAAAGAUGCAGCUGGUGGAUUUAUCACAAGAUCACAGCGGAAUCUAAGGCCUUCUACUAGAAGAAGACGGAAUUCUCGAGGAAUUGAUCAUCAAGGUUCCGAAGACAAUGAAGAUGAACAUGAUAGUAAUGGUGGCAAAGAUUCAUCUUCCGCUGAUGAGCGUGGUACCGAAGUUAGGCAGAGACGUCGGAGAAAAAGGACAGGAGUGCGUUCAUCAUUACCUUCUUCAUCAGCUGAUGUUGAAUGCCUGGAUAAUGAUUUGGAAGCAACCAGAGAUACCAGAGGAAUUUCUCCUGGGCUCGUAUGGAACCCAGAAAUGCUUGCAUGGGGUAAGGGUGGUACGAGAAGUCACACGAGACAUGGUGGCAUAAACGGUAACAACAAGAACUCUAAGAACAUGCGGUUAUCCAAGCUGGUUGAGUACCUCAAGAGUUUAGAGGAAAAUGAUGAGUUAGACAUUUAUCUCAUGCUUGUUUCUCUGGAUAAAGAAAGUACUCCGAGUCUGAAGCAGCCCUACUUAUGCAGCAGGCGGAGUCUGUCAGUUAAACAUCUAUGUGAUUAUGUUGCUCACCAAACACCUCUGCAAGCUGAAGAAGUUGAAAUAUCGGUGGUCAAAGGGAACCAUAACAUCAGCCGUCAAGGACCUAGCCUGAAUCUUUUCUCCUCAGCAAGCGAAUGUGAAAAUGUUCUCCCCGUUGUCGAUCCGCAGAAGGCUGAGCUGCAAAUUCUGGAAAAGGAAGCGACGCUUGCAGGGAUACUUGCAGACAAUGGAUCCAUCAGUGACUAUCUGAUUCUAGGAUACAGGCAGAAACGACCCUCCAACUCCUGAUGAGUUCCAUGACCGUCUUCGGCAAUAUUUAAGUAAACUCUCGCAUACUCAGUAUAUAUACAUAUAAUAUGUAGAGAGGUGGACAGGGCUGCCCGCUGAACUAGAGUACAUGUUAGUUGAUAAAGCGCACCAUGUAGUUCCGAAAAAGGCACACAUUAUUGAUUACCUUUAGUUUUUUCUUCCCUUGCUGAUUUUAUUGCAAAUUGUUAUUACCAGAUGAUAUUAGAAGGUUGGCGUCAACUGAACGAGGAAAAUAUUGCAUGUUGAUGUCUCUGGAUUGAGUUAUUCGAAUAGGUAUCAAUCCACUCAAUAA